AUGACAGAAUUGCUGGAUCUACCAAGCGAGGUGCUCUCUCGAAUCGCCAGCCGCCUGAGCGAUGCGGAUCACAAAUCGCUGUUCAGUCUGAUUUAUGUGAACAAACGCCUGAAUAUCAUUGCUACCCCCUUUCUAGUCCGGCGCUGGCCUCCAGUGGGGGGAGAAUAUGUCCUCGACAACCCUCCCAGAUUUGAUCGCUUCGCAUUGCACCUAUUGCGCAACCCGAGUCUUCGACGAUACAUCAGGCUCCUGGACGUGGAGGACUUUGGUACGCGUCAAGAUAGUCAUGACGAACUAGCCAUCAGUCAGGAUGAGGUGCAGCAGAUGGCGACUGCGGGCGUCCGGGACUGGCCCGCACUUGCGGAGCUCCGGGGAAUGUGGGUGCAAAUGUCGGAGGGUAUAGACGAUGCUUUCAUGGUGCUGAUCCUCUUGUGGGCGAGUCAUUUGGUGGAGUUCGACUUCACUGUGCCUCUUAUCGGGUCAUUAAGUCAAGAUGACGAAGAACAGUUGACCUUAUGUUUCGUUAGCCAAGUUGCCCGAAGGUUACGCGACAGCCCUGAGGACGCCAUCCUGGAUCGCUUCCCCCUCGCCAGAUUGCAGUACGUCCAAUACAAGCAUUGGGACACGGAAUUUGGUGUGCAGGGCCAGUUUGCGGCGCCAUUCUUCUAUCUACCCAACCUACGGACAUUUUUCGGGUACAGGAUUGAGAUGAGUCGUCCAUGUAGCGAAGAAAGCGAUAAAGAUGACGACGAUAUCCAAAGCGCAUAUCUUACCGAGUUUCCCGUUGGGACUUCGACUGUCGAGGAGAUUAUUCUCAAUUGUUCCGACAUGUGCUUGGAGGCGCUGGAAACUUUCAUUCGGGCGUGUCGCAGGCUGAGGACUUUUGCCCUGGAUUAUGGGAGUGUUUUAGAUACCCGAGAGGUUGAUUCCAGUCGACUGGCCGAGCUUCUUGUUGCCCGGGCGGAUUCUCUUCAGAAUCUUGCGCUUGACUGGGGCGAUUCCCCAACCUUGGAAAUCACGGCUCAAGGUCCGCUAAAGAUUGAACAAUGCUUCCGUCAACUCCACCGCCUCGAGUAUCUCGAACUUCCACUAUACAUGCUGUGCGAAGACGGCGAGAUCGAUGGGCAGACUUUCAUCUCACUUAAUUCUCAGCUACUUCCAAAAUCACUGAGAUGCUUGUGCUUAGUGGGAGGCGCGUAUUGGAAAUUCGAUAGCAAAGUAGGGAUAAACAAAAUGGUAGAUAGUAUCGAGGCAUUCAUACUCAAGUGUGGUCCAGGGGGUGAAUUUCCGCACAUGGAGGCGUUGGAGCUGAUCUAUCUCACAGAUCGCUCCCAUCAGGAUAACUAUACGCAACGCUUAGAGAAGACGGGUCACAAAAAGAAUGUAAGACUAGUAUCCAAUGAAUUUAAGUGGCGAACAUGGCCUAAAUAUGGUUGA